AUGUCUGACUUUGACUCCCAGCUUCUGCACUAUUUGCCACAGGUCUUAAGGACCAACGAGUUGUUGAUACAAUGUCCUGGCGUGUCGCUCUUCUUCCUUGCACUUGGUUUCUUGACGUUUGCGAAGUUCACGGUCAAGGCGUUUGGCGUUGUGCUGCAGACCUUCGUACUUCCAGGAACUAGCUUGAAGAAGUAUGGUGCUGGCAAGGGUGCUUGGGCGGUUGUGACGGGGGCUUCAGAAGGGAUUGGAAAAGAAUUUGCCCUUCAACUAGCGAAGAAAGGAUUCAACGUGCUGGUCUCGGCCCGAAAUGCGGAUGCCCUCCAAACUCUCGUUAACGAAAUCGAAUCCAGUGCACCGCCAAACAAGAACGUUCAAGCGAAGGCAAUUGUCAUGGAUUUUUCAAAGUUGUCCGACGAGUCUGAAUGGAAGCGCUUUGAGGGAGCGUUGGAGGGCUUGGAUAUUGGUGUCCUUGUGAACAACGUUGGAAAAUCACACCGAGCUCCCAUCUAUUUUACCGAGGCUUCCACACAAGAGAUAGAAGACAUUCUGACCAUUAAUGUCAAUGCAACCGUCAGGGUUACUAAGAUGGUUCUUCCGGGCAUGGUAAAUAGGAAGCGUGGUCUGAUCCUCAAUAUGGGCUCAUUCUCGGGAACAGGCAUCGCUUCUCCGAUGCUUGCUACGUAUGCUGGGACUAAAUCAUUCCUAUCCACGUUCACAAGCUCUCUGGCUGAGGAGGUCAAGCACAAAGGCAUUGAUGUACAGUGCCUGAAUACAUACUUUGUGGUGUCGAACAUGUCACAGAUUCGUAAGUCAAGCAUCACAGCGCCCACUCCGAAGAACUACGUCCGUGCUGUCCUGCAGAAGGUUGGUCUAGCUUGCGGCGCUCUCUGGACUGGUCGUCCCAACGUCAGCACGCCAUACUGGAGUCAUGGAAUACUGGAUUACUUGAUGAAUUUGAUUGGCUGGAAGAUGGUGUUCAUUCGCUAUACUCAUGGCCUUCACUCGAAUAUCCGAAAGCGGUAUUUGCGCAAGUUGGAGCGCGAAGCAAAAAAGCAGUAG